AAAGGGGUCGAAACCAGCCAUAGAGCUCGGUCUGAUUAUCGAGCCCAAUAGUCGCUAGGCUUGGCUUCGUCCUCCACGCGAAGGCUAGGCUUUCCGUCUCAGCAAAGAAGGCAGAAUCAGAGAAUGAAAAUGGAGGCAGCUCCAGCUCCCACUCCCUCCUCAUGCCCUUCAACGCCUCGUUGGAACGUCGAGAGACCCUUCCUUACGGGCCGAUUCCACCAGGAAACCAAGGCAACAUCCCGGCUUGCUGAGACCAGGUUCUCCUUCGAUUCUUUUAGCCCUGGCCUUGAAAAGCCCAUAGGAUGUUAUGAUGCUGCCGUUCAGGAGCUUAUUGUUAUUGAUGAUCUUCUUUCUGCAUUGGUUGGAAUUGAAGGACGGUACAUUUCGAUAAAAAGAAUUCGAGGAAUGGAAAAUGAAAUUACUUUCCUGGUUGAUGCAUCCAUGGAUUUAGCCCUCCAGGAAUUGGCAAAAAGGAUAUUCCCUUUAUGCAAGAGCUUUUUGUUGAUUGACCAGUUUGUGGAAUCGAAGUCACAAUUUAGGAAUGGCCUUGUGAACCAUGCCUUUGCUGCUGCACUCAGGGCUCUUCUUCUUGAUUAUCUGGCCAUGGUGGCACAGCUGGAACACCAGUUCCGUCUUGGAAGACUUUCUAUACAAGGAUUGUGGUUCUAUUGUCAGCCCAUGAUGGGAUGCAUGCUAGCAUUGUCCACGGUCAUACAGAAGGCUGCAGCAAAUAGUUUCACAGGUUCUGCAGUUCUUAACCUCUUGCAAAGCCAGUCUAAAGCAAUGGCUGGUGAUAAUGCGGUGAGGUCGCUCCUAGAGAAGAUGGCACAACAUGCAAGCAAUGCAUACCUCGGCAUUUUAGAAAGGUGGGUUUAUGAAGGAGUGAUUGAUGAUCCAUAUGGCGAAUUUUUCAUUGCAGAGAACAAAUCCCUUCAAAAGGAAAGCCUCACACAGGAUUAUGAUGCUAAGUUCUGGAGGCAACGCUACAGUUUAAAGGAUGCAAUUCCUAGUUUCCUUGCAAAUAUUGCUGGGACAAUAUUGACCACAGGGAAAUAUUUAAAUGUCAUGAGAGAAUGCGGACACAACGUUCAGGUGCCUGCUACAGAAAAUUCUAAACUAACCAUCUUUGGCUCAAACCAUCAUUAUCUGGAGUGUGUAAAAGGAGCCUAUGAAUUCGCAAGCAGCGAGCUUCUAAAUCUCAUGAAAGAAAUGUAUGACCUAAUCGGAAAGCUACGAUCUAUAAAGCACUAUCUUCUACUUGAUCAGGGUGAUUUCUUGGUUCAUUUUAUGGAUAUAGCUCGAGAUGAGCUAGUGAAAAAGCUGGAUGAGAUUUCAGUUGAGAAGUUGCAGUCUCUUCUAGACCUUGCCUUGCGCUCUACAGCAGCUGCGGCUGAUCCCUGUCAUGAGGACUUAACAUGCUGUGUGGAAGCAUCGUCUUUGCUCAAAAGACUGGCCAUGCUCACAGAUCUUGGAACUAAGACUGUCUCUGACCGUAAUGAUAUAGAGGAGCCAAUAAGCAUUACUGGUCUGGAGACAUUUACUUUGAGUUACAAGGUUCAGUGGCCAUUGUCUAUUGUCAUAUCAAGGAGAGCCUUGACAAAAUACCAGCUGAUUUUCCGCUUUCUUUUUCAUUGUAAACAUGCGGAACGCCAACUUUGCGGGGCAUGGCAAGUGCAUCAAGGAGUUCGUGCCCUUAAUCUGCAUGGAACGGCUAUCUCUAGGUCCUCCUUGCUCUGUCGUAGUAUGCUCAAAUUCAUUAAUAGCCUUCUUCACUAUUUAACAUUUGAGGUUCUUGAACCCAACUGGCAUGUGAUGCAUGAUAGACUUCAAACUGCAAAGAGCAUCGAUGAGGUUAUCCAACAUCAUGAUUUUUUCCUUGAUAAGUGUCUAAGAGAAUGUCUGCUUCUUUUGCCUGAACUCUUAAAGAAGGUGGAGAGGUUGAAAUCAUUGUGUUUACAGUAUGCAGCAGCAAUUCAGUGGUUGAUAUCAUCUUCCAUUGACAUUCCCAAGCUAGAUGACUCAUCUGAUGGUUCAAAGCAAAGGAAAUCACCUCAGGCAAUUAAAAUAACAACUCAAAAUACAACAGUUACUGAUUCUAUACUCAAAUUUGAAAGGGAAUUCAAUGCAGAGCUUCAGAGUCUAAGGCCAUUGCUGAGCACUAGUUCCCAGGCAGAACCAUAUUUGACCCAUCUUGCACAAUGUGUUCUUGGUAUUGGCAAUGACCAGUAGGUUUUGGUAUCUUUUAACCUCAUUGUGAUCUCUUGAUGUUUUAGAUAAAUAGCUAAUUUGUUUGCGAUUUUAGUGCCAAGGAUUAUCGUGUGUACAUUUUCUUGGUUUCAUGAUCCUUCAUGUUAUUUUAAUUUUCAUGUUGAUUCUUCAAAGAAGCAUACCCCACGCAUGAAAAUGUGUUUAGCCUUUUAUCGAUGACUACCAUCAGGUUUGACAGUAAACUCGUGAUUGUGUAAGGUCAGAGAAGAAAAUUGUUUUGUUGAUCUUUUUUUU